GGGAGCCGGAGCCCCGAGCCCGCAGCAUCCUCCGUGAGUAGCGCCGGCUGUAGGAACCGCUCCUGAAUGGGGAUAAUUGUAACCCUUCUGCCCUAAAGCUCUGCUCCUUUCUCCCCCAAUUUCUCUUCUCCUUUCUCCCCAAAUAUCUAUUCUUUCUGCCCUAAACCUCUGUUCUUUCUCCCCCAAAGCUCUGUUACUUUUUGCUCCAAAUAUCUCUUCCUUUCUCCCCCAAAGUUUUGUUUCUUUCUCCCUCAAAUGUCUGUUCUUUCUGCCCCAAAGCUUUGUUCUUUCUCCCUCAAAUGUCUGUUCUUUCUCCCCCAAUGUCUGUUCUUCCUGCCCCAAAGCUCUGUUCCUUUCCGCCGGUGAGCGCAGUUCUUCCAGCGCGGUUACUCCGGGCGCGUGUGCGAGGCACUGUGAUGUAUCACGGGAAACGCGAGUUCUUUAUCGGUACCUCUAAAGCAGAGAGAGCAGAUGUCCUCGCACGUUUUUCUAUUCAACUGGUGCUUGAGCAAUUGUUCCAUGAACUGGGAGCCCGUAAGGGACGGGACUGGGACUGCUGUGGCGCGGUUUCCUCCCCGGAUUGAGGGAAGCCUCCGCGGCUGUUGAAAGCUCAUGGCAUCGCCGGCGCUGUCCUUUCAUCACUGGGGACGCUCAAACUCUUGUCUGACUUAUCCAACCCCAGCACUAUAAAUAUGGGUUUGGUGGUGGUUAUUUGUUUGUGGUUUUGGGGUUUUUUUCUUUGUUGUAUAUUUUUUUCCCAAUCUGUUGAGCAGCGUGCUGGAAAGGGCAGGCAGUGUAAUAUUUAACAGGAAAAGAACUCGAAAGCUCAGACCAUUGUGUUACAGUUCACUGAGUGUCUCCAGCACAGAACAAAACUACACUGCUUGCAUCAUUUGGGAACACACUGCUGCUGCUGACAGGUUUGAAUGGUGAUUUCUGGUUUUUCCUGGUAAUUAAUGUAUUUAGUGCCCCAGGAAGUCCUUGCUAAAGGAAGCAUAGCUUUUUGUAAACAGCUUUCCCUGAUGGGAUGCAUUGUGCUGGGUGGGCAAGAGGGCUUGAGGUAGUGAUUACAAACCAGGAGACAAAGGCAGAGCAGAGACCAGUGACUUCAGGGUGUGACAGAGUUGUUGUCCCUCUGUGGGUGCCAGAUUGGGGCACUGAGGGUUUGCCAAGGGGUUCUGCUGGAGAACAGGCUGCAGGGGUGAGGUGCCAGCUGCGGUGUGUGUCUGCAGGGCUCUGCACUGGGGAAGGUGCCCCAGAGACUCAACAAGCUGCACAGGCAAGCUCCAGCACUGUGGUGGUGCUUGGGGUUUUUUUCCAUUUUAACUCCAAAUCCUGGUUCUGUUGUAUAUUUCCCAAGUAUCUAAGCAAGUCUUCUGAUCCCACUGUGCCUUAGUUCCUGGCCUGGAACCAGUGGGAAAAUACCUCUGGCUUAUUUUCUUCCAUAUCCUGCAUAUCCCUGAAGGGUCUGGAGUGGUUUUAGGAUCUGAACAUGGUGGAGUUCCUGUCGUUCCCAUGAAUAACUGCAUUCACAGAGGGGGAGGAGAAGUGUGUGUGGCCCAGAAUUUUAAGGCAAAAAAAAAAAUUAGAAUUGGGCAAUGUGCAGUUCACAGUGUGGUUUAGACACUGCUCCUGGGCAAGUCAGUGACAAAAGUCUACCAAUAUUCCCAGGCAUGGCUUUAGAAAUGAGGAUGUUCCUUUUGGGGGUCCUGCUGUCACCUCUUGUCACCUGUGGGAGCUGAGGGGUUUUGGUGCCUCUCACCAUCCAAACCAGGUAGAAUUACUGAGGGGAUUUAGCUGGUGCUGCUCCUGCCCAGAGUGCCUGCAGUGCCACUGUUUCUGUCUUGGCAAGGCAAUGAACUACUUUUAAUGAGUGUUUUACCAGCAUUCAGCCUGGGCAGCUCAUGCCAGAACCUGAGAAAAUGCUGAAAACGCUUAUGUAAAGGUGCUGCCCUGACAUGGGGACAUUCAGGCUCACACAGGGAGAGUUGUUUGCCCCAGGCCACUUUGAACUUGGCCUUUUCUUUCCUCCUUCCUCCCUCUUUGGAGCCUCUCAAGGUAAACCCAGGCACGCUCAGCUCUCACUGAAGGACGUUGUGUUUCUAUUGCUCUCUGAAAUCACAGCUUGCCUGCAUCCCUGGCAGUGUUCCCGGGGUGCUGGGAAGGUGAGGGCAGGAACAAGCCAGCUGCACACAAACCCCAUCUUUCCCCAGGUGAAAGCAGUGAAUCUGUGCCCUCCUAACCAGCAGCAGCCUUCCCUGGUAGGGAGCUGCCUCUCCAAGUCCAGCCAUCCUGGACAAACCCUCAAACAAAGCCCUGUGCUCCCUGUGGCCCCUCUGCUGGAAUUGCCAGGUGCUGCUGACAGCCAACUCAAGAUGACGACAGCCACGCCACUGACCAAUAACACUCAGCUCUCAGUGAAUGUGACCACAAAGUCUCAAGAACAAAUUCUCUAUCAAAGUUCUGGAGCAAUAAUUGCUGCCAUUGUGGUGGGGGUGAUUAUUAUUUUCACAGUGGUUCUGCUCAUCCUGAAAACUUACAACAGGCGCAUGCGCGUGCGGCGGGAGCUGGAGCCCAAAGCCUCCAAGCUGGCAGUGCCACCUCCUGUGGGGCACAACAGCCACAGCCUGGCCCAGCAGCCCUCGGUGACCUUCAUCCCUGUGGACAUCCACCUGCAGAGCAGAGAUCUGCACACUUCUCCUAUGGCUGAAAGAACAGGUGGAGCUCUAGGAAUCAUCAGGAUGGCAGCAAGGCCUCUUGUGGGUCUGGAUAAACCAAGAAGAGAAGAUGCCCAGGUUUUGUGGAACUUUUGCUUCCUCAGAGACUUUGAACCUUCUCUGUUCUGCUGAUAAACAGGAGGAAAAGUCUGGAUGUGCCCCAAACUCAGGUUGGACCCGAGUUUGUUACAAGUUACAUGGAAGAGGUUUGUGGUUUAUUUUAUACUUGAUGGGUAGUACAGGAGAUAUCAAAAUUGUAUUUAUCUUUACUUAUAUUUCAUGUUUCUAAUGCCAUGUAUGUACAGGCUGAGGAAAAAAAAAAGUUACUUCUUAUUUUCAGGUAUUUUUAAGCUAUUUCUAUAAACUCUGUAACUCCAUUUCCAAAGGAACUCGGUGUCUGAGGGGUUUCACUCUCAAUUCAGGUUCAUGCUUUGUCUUACACAAAAUCUGAGCUCUUGAACUGAAAAAAAUAACCAUGGAAAUAGAAAAAACCAGCUUGGAUCAAGCAAGGGAGGCUCUGUGCAGCCCUAUGUGCCACUCACCCUGCAAGGCUUUGUUCUCUGGUGCAGCCCAACUAUUUUUAGCAGUUUUUUAUUCUCCAAGCCAACCCAGAGCGAGGUUGUUUUGUGAGUGUGAGGGCUGUGGGUGUGCAGCAGAGGCACAAAGGAAUUCCCAGGGACACUCACAGCCCACGGGGUGGGAACACAGAGCAGCAUUGUCAGACACUGACUGGCAGAUUGUCUGAGAUUUUGUAUUUCAUAUUUUUUCCAAUAAGCUUGGAUCUCUUGGGCAGGUCAGUUUAACUAACUGGUAAUUUUUAAUUGUGCAGAAACUAAAUUCAAUUACUUUGCAAUAUUCUUUUUCUUUUGGUUGAAACUGGAGCAUGGUUUGGAUUCCAAACCAAAUAUUGAGACAGCUGUUUGUGAAGUUUCUGAAUCUCCUUGUAAAUAUUUCUCUUGUCCUGGUUCUCUACCUUACUUUUCGUGGCAGGGAGGAUUGAUUUAACAAUUCAGAAGGGACAGCAGAUGCACAUCUAAUUAAAAAAAAAAAAAAAUACAAAGGAGUUGAUGUUCUCUGAGCAGUUCCAUGGGAUGAAAAUCAAGUUUCUAGGGAAGAUAAGCCCAUCUUACUGUUGUGGUUUUGAAAAUCCCUAGCCAGACCUACUUCUAGCAAAUU